AUAAUUUCCCGGCUGAAAUAUGGCCGAAACGAAGAAAGCAACGGCGGCAUUCCCGAGUCCGAGUGAUGGUGGCGGUUAAAUUCCAGCGACUAACUGACAGACGACAAUAACAUGCCGACGCUGAGCCAUCGCUUUCUCCACGCCGGCCUCCUCUCCCCUCCUCCGAUCAUCGUCCUACUAAUCUUCCCAACCACUCCCCUCUUCCUCCGCCCCUCUUCCCCUACCUCUCGGCGGUCAUCCUUCACCAUUUCUUCCUCUCACUCCCAAUCUCACAGAAUGGAAUUGGAGGAAGGCAACAGCGGCAGAAGCCAGAGGACAGUUGCAGCGAGCUCCCCCUUCGAUUUCCUGACAAAGAAGCCCUACGUCCCUCCAUCUUGGGCUUCUCAUCUCAAUCCCAUCCCUUCCCACGUCUUCUCCCUCGCCCAUUCCCCCACCCCCAUCCAUCGAUGGAAUCUUCCCAAUUUGCCCCAAGGCACCGAGGUCUGGUUGAAGCGCGAUGAUCUCUCGGGGAUGCAAUUGAGUGGCAACAAAGUUAGGAAGUUGGAGUUUUUGAUGGCGGAAGCUGUGGCCCAGGGCGCCGACUGUGUCAUUACCGUCGGUGGAAUUCAGAGCAACCAUUGUCGUGCGACUGCUGUUGCGGCCAAGUAUCUUGGGCUGGAUUGUUAUCUCAUCCUUCGCACUUCCAAGGUGGUUGUGGAUCAAGAUCCUGGGUUAACAGGCAAUUUACUCGUGGAGAGAUUGGUUGGAGCUCAUGUUCGACUCAUUUCGAAAGAAGAAUAUGCACAGAUUGGGAGUGUGGCGCUCGCUGAUUUGUUGAAAGAAAAGUUGUUAAAAGAAGGUAGAAGGCCAUAUGUUAUCCCUGUUGGUGGAUCAAACUCCCUGGGAACAUGGGGUUAUAUUGAAGCAAUCAGGGAAAUUGAGCAGCAGGUUGAGGCAGGAAAUGGGGAGGUAGAAUUCGACGAUAUUGUUGUGGCAUGUGGCAGUGGAGGUACAAUAGCUGGUCUGGCUCUGGGAUCACAUCUUGGAAGAUUGAAAGCAAAAGUCCAUGCAUUCUCUGUUUGUGAUGACCCUGAUUACUUCUAUGGCUUUGUUCAAGACCUAGUUGAUGGAAUGAAAGCAGGUGUCAAUGCCCGGGAUAUUGUAGACAUUCAAAAUGCCAAAGGCAUUGGCUACGCACUCAACACUUCUGAAGAAAUUAAGUUUGUCAAGGACGUCGCUACAGCCACCGGCAUUGUCCUUGACCCAGUGUACAGUGGGAAAGCUACGUACGGGUUGCUGAAAGACAUGGAGGCGAAUCCAAAGAAGUGGCAAGGCAGAAAGGUCCUCUUCAUACACACAGGUGGUCUUCUGGGAUUGUACGAUAAGGUCGAUCAGCUGGCUCCGCUGGUCGGAAGCUGGAGCAGGAUGGAUGUCCAUGAAUCCGUUGCAAGGCAGGAAAGCAUUGGAAAGAUGUUCUGAAGAGAUCAUCUGUUUUUACAA